AGUAACUGUGCAAUUUUACUGGUUUGAAGUUUCAAAAUUUUAAGCACAAUGGAAGAUGAGAUAAGUUAAUUGUGAGAUGGAAUACACAUCUAAAACUGUUUUGCAAAUUCACUUACAAAGUCCAAGUUCCAAAUACAGGUAUUAAUUAGCACAUUUGUUGAAUGUUUACCAUUUUAAUAACAUAAUUUGAAUAUAAAUGAGAUGUAUUAUGAUAACAUUUGUUCAAAUGCAUCAAAUUAUUGCCUUACUAUAAUUAAACACAGAAAAAUGUAUAAAUAUUUAUUUUUGCAGUUGCACACUCCAGCCUCCAUAUUUGUGCCAAUUUAUAAUGAUGAAAUAAGAUAAACUUUACUGAUGCCACAUUGUUAAAUGCAAGUGUCACAGUAGCAGGAGAGAAACAGUUAAGUAGACAACUAUAAAAACUAGGAAAAGGAAGUUAGUAAAAUAGAAUUGAUUUAUGAUUGAUUGAGCAAUAUUACAGUAAUAAACACAGUAAUGUCAGACAUUUUGAAGGUAAAUAUAAAAAGAAGAAGUAGAGCACCAGUGCACUAAGAGCUGCAGAUGUACAUUAUAAAGCUGCACUUUCAUGGCACUGUAUCACAAUAAUAAGAUGCCAUACAGUGUAAAUAUGAGUGCAAACAAAAUACAUCUAUCCAGAUAGUCAGCUUCAGUUAUUCACACCAGAUGGCUGUCAGAAAACAAAAAUGUUAUUCGUAUUGUUUUGCAUGAUUUAGUACCCAAGGAUACAAAUUCCCAUUUGGCAGAUAACUGAAGCCUGUUUCCAGCCACUGACAUAGCCGAGACGGCUCAGCUGAUUUGGUUUAGUUGUUAGCAACUGUGCUAAUCUCAAUGACUCAAGCUACCCCUGCCUCAGUGGAAAAAUACAGCAAGGAAGUAGACCUUGGACCAUUGUCAGAGCCAAACACUAUUUCAAGUGAGACAUGAUGCUCUGCAGACCAAUCCAACAGUAUUUAGGUCAUAGAGGAGCCAAGGGGAACCAUAGCUACUUUGUCUCUUACUCUGGCUCUGCUCAUGACAUGAUUGUGUAGAGAUGCUGCGGUGCACCCGGCUGAGAGGAAUACUGAUCAGUUUGCUGUUGCUGUAAGCAACUCAUGGGGGAGGGGGAAUUCCUCAAAGGAAACAGUCUCGAGAUGCCCAGUCAAGAUAACAGACUGGUGACGAAGACGCAGCUGUUGGAUCGCGGCCAAUGGGCGAGCAAGUUGGAGUUCCUGCUGGCUGUAGCAGGAACCCUGGUCGGCCUGGGAAACCUCUGGAGGUUCCCCUAUUUGUGCUACAAAAAUGGGGGAGGUGCAUUUCUGGUUCCAUAUGUCUUGUUUCUGCUUGCCUGUGGUAUCCCUAUGUUCCUCCUGGAGACGGCCAUGGGACAGUUCACAUCUCAGGGAUGCAUCACGUGCUGGAGGCACUUCUGCCCUUUGUUUGAAGGGAUUGGCUACGCUACCCAGGUGGUGAUUGCAUAUGCUGCCGUGUCAUACAUUGUCAUCCAGGCAUGGGCCUUCUUCUACCUCUUCUCAUCUUUCAGUGCUGAAGUCCCAUGGGCCAGCUGCAGAAACACCUGGAACACAGAGUCUUGUGUUGAAUUUGAUAAAACAAAUGCGUCCUCAAACUGGACAGCAAACGCAACCACACCUGCAACAGAAUUCUGGGAGAGACGAGUACUGGGUAUAUCUCAAGGGAUUGAGGAGAUUGGUAGCCUGAGGUGGGAGUUGGCUUUGUGUCUCUUACUGGCGUGGAUCCUGUGCUACUUCUGUGUUUGGAAAGGAGUGAGAUCCACUGGAAAGGUAGUUUACUUUACAGCCACAUUCCCCUACCUCAUGCUGGUGGUUCUGUUGGCUCGUGGACUCACUCUACCAGGAGCUAUGGAUGGCUUAGCUUUCUACCUGUAUCCUGACCCAACAAGGUUGGUGGACCCUCAAGUUUGGAUGGACGCAGGCGCACAGGUUCUUUUCUCUUUUGGGAUUUGUCAGGGGAGUUUGACCGCCCUGGGUAGUUACAAUCAGUAUAACAAUGAUUGUUUCAAAGACACGUUUGUUCUUUGCUUGGUGAACGGCGGGUCCAGUUUUGUGGCAGGGUUUGCAAUCUUUUCUGUUUUGGGCUUCAUGUCCUACGAACAAGGACUGCCAAUAUCUGAAGUGGCUGCCUCUGGACCUGGUUUGGCAUUUAUUGCCUAUCCACGUGCAGUAGCCAUGAUGCCUUUACCUCAGCUAUGGGCUAUAUGCUUCUUCGUCAUGGUCAUCUUGUUGGGUGCAGAUACACAGUUUGUGAGUCUUGAGUGCCUGAUGACCUCAGUGACGGACAUGUUUCCCACUGUGUUUCGAAGAGCUUAUCGCCGAGAGCUGCUGUUGCUUUGUCUCUGCUCUGUUUGCUUCUUUCUCGGCCUCCUUCUCGUCACAGAGGGUGGCUUGUAUUUCCUUCAACUCUUUGACCAUUAUGUUUGUAGUGGCAACAAUCUUCUUCUUCUUUCAGUGUGUCAGACGAUAGCAAUUGGAUGGAUAUAUGGUGCAGACCGUCUCUUUGACAACAUUGAAGAUAUGAUUGGUUAUCGACCAUGGCCGAUAAUGAAGUAUUGCUGGCUUUACAUUACCCCUGCUGUUUGUCUGGGUACCUUCAUAUUUUCAUUGGUGAGAUACAAGCCUCUCAAGUUCAACAAAACCUACGUCUACCCGACCUGGGCCUACGCUUUGGGCUGGUCUCUUGGGCUGUUCUGUGUUCUCCUAGUCCCACUGUGGAUCAUCUUUAAAGUUACUCAGAUGAAAGGGACGAUAUGGCAGAACGUCAAGCAGCUUUGCCGCCCUGAAAACAAGACACACAACACGGUGAAGCAGCCAGAGCAGUGCCCUCUGAACCCAGACGACACUCUUACACCUGCUGCCAAUGAUUACAAGGGAAGUGGUGGGUCUGAGAUGGAGAUGCAAGUUUGAGGCACUGAACAUUUUUGAUAAUGUUUUAAAUAUGAUAUUUUUAUUUUUAACUCUAGGUUUUACAAGAUGAGCAUUUUUAAGAAAUUAUGAUGAGCAAUAAACUCUGCUGGGUUACUAUGUCAGGUCUGCAACGUGCACGGUAAGCAGGGAGUUUUGUAUCCCUAUGCUAAACCAGCAAACACAGAAUAGAGAAGACAAAGUUUAUAAAGUUUUUAAAAUCUAUUUUCAAUUAAAGCAAUCCUUUAAUGAGUAUGAUUAAGUUAAAUCACCAUCUUCAUGUUUAAGUAUCCCACCUCCAUAGAGGAAUAGGACGGCAGUCAUAAUAUUGUCACUGUCCACAGUGUCACAGUUCAUUCAUUCAUUAUUUCCUGCCUUUCAGCCACCUGAUUCUUCCCCACCCUCGUCACUUUGAUCCACUCGCCUGUUCCCAAUUCCCUAAUAAGCUCUUAGUAUUUAUAUCGGCCCAUUGCCACUUAUUCCCUGUCAGAUUGUCUACUGUGCUUUCUAUGCGAUAGCUUGCCAGCCUUUCUUUCCUGCCUUUUUUUGGGGGAUUUUAAGUUUUUGCCUGCUCCGUUUGCCUGGCUCAGCCCACAUGCUGACCUCACCUAUUGUUUGCCCUUCUGCCUGCCAAGCCUUAAUAAAGUUGUUUUGAACUUUAA